UGCAUCUAGCUCAUCUCCCAAAAACCUGGCAACUCUGUUUUAUAUAAUAAAUAUAAGAAAAAUGGAUAAGUUUGCGCCGGCAAAGACAUGUCUCAGGCUGCUCCAGGUGAUGCCCGGCGUGCCUCAAGCGGCGCAGUCUGGGGCUCUGGGCGUGCUCGUGAAUCCCCUUCAGAACUUGGUUCAGAUGCAGCAGGUGCGCCACCGGCAGACCAAGCACUGGAACCCCCAAUUUAAGCGACUUCGUAAGCAGAAGUUCGUCAAGAUUGACCUGCCCAAUCUGCGCGAGAAACCAGAGGAUAUCACCAAAGAGGAGAUGCGACGACGGAUGAAGGAGCGUGGCGUCCUUCCACCCCGACCCUGGAUGGAGCGUCCUUUUCACAUCAGCUGUACGGGCGGUAUCUUCGAGGCCUACGUUCCGCCAGAAGGCGAUGGCAAGAAGUCUAUCAUCUCCACCAGCGGCGCAAAGCAAAAGCUGGAGUUUCUCGAGAAGAAAUCCAAGAGUCUGAUGGCAGUACGCAAGAUACGUUCCUAUGAAGAGAGCUUCAGCACAGACGAGUUCGGAGCCGAAGCCCAGGAGAUCUACAUUAAAGCCCAUCAGAAUAUGGCCGCCAAGGACAAGUACCAGAUCCGCGAGUACGUCAGCGAGCGUUGCUACCCGGAGAUGAUGCACAACGUUAAGGACAAGACUAUUCGCUGGCGGUUUCUGCAGUCUCUGGAGCCACCACGUGUUGUUCAUGCCCGCGUCACCGAGGUCAUCACGAAGGAGAACCAGUUUGCCCAGGUCACAGUGCGUUUCCACAGCCAACAGAUGCUCGCCAUCUACGAUCGUUUCGGCCGCCUCAUGCACGGCAGCGAGAUCCUCACCAAAGACGUGCUGGAGUACGUCGUAUUCGAAAAGCACAUUUCCAAUGAAUACGGAAAGUGGCGUCUCCACGACAAGAUCAUCCCAGACUGGCUGCCGGCGAAGCAGCCUGCUCCUAUUACCUAUCGCCUCAUCGAAGAAGCCGAGGAGGAGGUGGCGCCCAAGGAAUUGGCUGCUGGCGAGGAGUCCAAGCAGGUCGAGGCUGGCGGCGAGCAGCCCAAGGAGCAGGUCCAGCUGGCUGCCCCAGUGGAGAGCAGCGCGAAGCCUUCAGUGGCCCUUUGAUUGUACUUUUUGUGGGCCGCUUGGCGGCUCAGAAGAUUGCACGUUUCUGUUGUUCAAUAGUUUUUGAGUCGCCACCAUGGCAAAUUAUAAUUUUUAAAUAUUAUUUCAA